UCCAGACAGCUCCAAGAUGGAAGUCCUCAAUCAGGUGGUGGCUGGGGGACAAUUCCGGAUGCUCAAGGAGCCGCUGGGGUUUCUGAAGCUGCUGGAAUGGCUCUUUGCUAUCUUUGCCUUCGCCACCUGCGGGACCUACAGCGGGGAAUUCCGCCUCAGCGUUGAGUGUGUGAAUAAAAGCGAGAGCGACCUGAACAUCGAAGUGGAGUUUGGCUACCCAUUCAGACUCCACCAGGUCUAUUUCGACGUCCCAGCCUGCAAGGGGACCGAGGUGCAGAGGAUUUUCCUCAUUGGGGAUUACUCCUCCUCGGCCGAAUUCUUCGUCACCAUUGCCGUCUUCGCCUUCCUGUACUCGCUGGCUGCCACUGUCGUCUACCUCUUCAUGGAGAACAAGUACCGGGAGAACAACAAGGGCCCCAUGAUCGAUUUCGUCGUCACCGCCAUCUUCGCCUUCAUGUGGCUGGUGAGCUCGUGCGCCUGGGCCAAGGGUCUCUCCGACGUGAAGCUGGCCACGGACCCCGACAGCGUGAUCGAGGGGCUGGAUGUCUGCAAGAAAGAGGGGAACACGUGCAAAGAGCUGAAGGACCCCGUCAUCUCGGGGCUCAACACCUCUGUGGUCUUUGGCUUCCUGAACCUGGUGCUGUGGACGGGGAAUCUCUGGUUCGUGUUUAAGGAGACGGGUUGGAGCGCCCCCUUUGCCAAGUACCCGCCUGCCGCCCCGGAGAAGCAGCCGGCUCCGGACGCCUACGCCGACUCCUACAACCAGGGCUCCGGCUACGUGCAGCAGGAUUCGUACGGCCAGCAGGGCGGCUACCAGCCGGAGUAUAACCAGCAGGGCUACGGGCAGCCCGACCCCUACGGCCAGCAGGGGGGGUACGGCCAGGCCGCCCCCACUUCCUUCUCCAACCAGAUGUAGGCGGGUCUCUCCCCCAGCAGGGGGCGUCGUGAGGAGAAGACGCCUGUCCCGUCCCACCCCUCCCGUGUCCCCUCAUGUGGGGGGCUGGUGGGGGGACCCCAGGAUGAAUGUAGAUGUUUGUGCUGUUUAUAUAUAUUAUAUAUAUAUAUAUAUAUGAGAAAAUACAACUCUAGAUAGCUGUGUGCCCCCCCACUUCCCUUCCCCCCACUGCUCCCAGCACCCCAACCCCAGACAGCUGUGCGCCCCCACCUCCCUCCCCCCAACUCCUGCACUGCCCCCAGCACCCCACCUCCGGCCCUUUCCCCCCCCACUCUAGCCAGUUGUGUGCCCCCCGCCCUCCCCCCAGUGCCCCCAUCCCCUGGGCACAGCUAACUCUGUGCCCUUCUCACCCGCCACCCCCCAAUUCCUGGCUAUAGAUAGCUGUGCCCUGCACCCCACUUUAGGGAGGGGUCAGCUCUCGUUUGAUGGCUGUGGGGGAGAUUUCAGGAUUCAGGGGGGAUCAGCAGCUUGGGGGAGAUUUGGGGGUCCAGCAUGUUUGGGGGACUGGAACUGAGUGGGGUACACAGGGCAGGGGCUGGAGGAAGGGAAUGUGGGGGAUGCUGGGGGGUAAUUUAGGGCCUCCAUCCCCACCCCAUUACCCAUGUGGGGGAUGCUGGGGGGGUGUCACGCCGAGGGGGGACUCUAGGAAGUGGGGGAGGGGCACCACCCCAAACAGCCCCCAUCACCCCCAAUCCACACCCCUUCCGCAGUGACCGGUCGUGGUGGGGCAGACUGGGGCCUUCCCAUGGUAGCCCGAUUUCCACUGGAGGGGGUGUGGGUGAGGUGCUGUAGAACCCAGGUGUCCGGGGACAGUCUAUCUAUAUAGCCCUCGAUCCAUCCAUCUCUUCCCUGCACACCCGCCCGUCAAUCCCCCCCAUAUCUAUCUAUCUAUCCCCAUCCACCCCGUAUCUAUCUAUCCAUCCCCCUACACCCCCUCUAUCCCCAUCCACCCCGUAUCUAUCUAUCCAUCCCCCCAUAUCUAUCUAUCCA